AUGGGCCUCACGCUAAAUGAGGAGAAGAGUCACCUGUCCCCCUCACGGAAGGUGAUCUACCUCGGGAUGACCAUAGACUCGACUCCCAUGAGGGCACGUCUCUCUCAGGUGAGAGUAACAAAAUCCUACCUCAACAGUUUCCGGCUCGGACGAGCCAUGUCGGUGUUAGAGUGCCAACAGUUGCUCGGCCUACUGUCGAUGGCUUCACUGUUGGUUCUGCUGGGAAUUAUCCAUCAGGCCACUCCAGCGAUGGUUCAACUCCCACAGCCGGCACCCAAAACAACACAGACACCGUGGCUACCCCGCUUCUUCCUGGUAAAGGGGGUGAGCCUGAUCAGAGUCCACCGCAGAGAGCUGGUGUGCACUGAAGCCUCUCUGAUGAGUUGAGGUGCCAUGUUCAGAGGCAGCUGGCCGCAGGAUCCCCCCAUGGAGCGGUCAACACAUCAAUGUGCUGGAGCUCAGGGUGGUUCGCCUAGCUCUUCAACAGUUCCAGCCCUACCUGGUAGGACAGCAUUUCCUGAUCUAAUGGCUCGGGAGCUCUUGCCGUGGGCCCAGACCCACUUGGCAUCGCUGCACAUAUCCCGGGGUCCUGAACAAUGCAGCGGACAUGCUCUCAAGAGACGGCCCGCCGGGGGGGGGGGGGGGGGGGACUGGCCACCAGCUGCUCUUGAUAGCUCCAUGCUGGCCGAGACCAUCAUGGAUCAGCCUUCUGUUGCCUCUCCUCUCGGGGACCCCAUGGCAGCUGCCCCUGAGGCCCAUCCUUCUCUUCAGGCUGGGGGGACACUGUGGCAUCCAGACCCGCACUGCCUACAGCUUCGGGCUUGACCUUUUGAGAGGCAUUCGUGGACCAGUCUAAGCCAUCAGGACAAUGUGGUGAACACGUUGCGGAGCGCCAUGGUUUCUUCCACCAAUGCGUCAUAUCAAAUGUGGCGGGGCAUAUUCUGUACCUGGUUUGAGAGCCAAAUGUGCAAGCGGUUUUACGGUUUUCACAGUCACUGCUUGAUGCGGGCCAAACGGCAUCCACAUUGAGAGUGUAUUUAGCCGCUAUCUCGUCAUGACGACGGCCAAGAGAGACCCAUGGCUGGCUACCCAUUGCUCUCCAAAUGUAUGAAGGGAGUUCGACGUCUGUCCAGCGACGGCCUGCUCGGUGCCAAACUGUAACGUUGACGUGGUGCUGUCAGCGCUUGCCGAGCCGCUAGAGUAGAUGACUUUUGAAGCAGCUAUCCACGAAGGUGGCAUUCCUCUUGGCUAUUACCUCCACUAAGAGGGUGAGUAAACUUCAUGCCUUUUCAGUGAGCACUGAAUGUUUUUCAGAAUGGGUCCAGACAAGAGGAGUGUCACCCUCCGUCUUAACCUCAUUCUUGCAGAAGGUCCUGUUUGACAGACAUGUGAACCGGCCCUUACAUUUGUCCCCAUAUGCUCCUCCCGCGGCUGCUGGGUGAGCUGGGUGUUUUUCCCCAAGUGUGCUGUGCCUGGGUCAGGGUCUUGGACGCUUACAUUACACAGACACAGGCAACACGACAAGUCUGAUCAGCUAUUCGUUUGCUAUGGUGAGAGAGUUCUGAGCCAGAGCCUAUCCAUUCAGAGACUCUCACAUUGGAUUGUGGACACUAUUACUACAGUAUAUCAUCUGGCCAGACGUCUGCUGUAGUGGCACAUUCUACCAGAGGAGAACAUUCUACCAGAGGAGAACAUUCUACCAGAGGAGAACAUUCUACCAGAGGAGAACAUUCUACCAGAGGAGAACAUUCUACCAGAGGAGAACAUUCUACCAGAGGAGAAGCUACAUCGUUGGCCCUGUUCCAAGGAGUUCCCCGAUAUUUGCGUCUCGGCCAGUUGGACAUCGUCUAGCACCUUUUUCUAGGUACUAUCGAGUCAUUCUUGCCCCCCUGCUGGGUGUUGCCUCCGCUUCCCUGAGUGGGGACAGAGGGACAUAGCAACUAUGACUGCCCUGAGCUCAGUCCUACGGGACUUUGCUCUCUGUCUGGCCCUUACCUAGUUCACCGAUUUUUAAUCUGGUAUUGUGAUACCAUUUUGGAGUGAGCCAAUAUAGUGCUACAUAACGAAGGUUACUUAUUUAAAUAUUUACUAUUUAAGGGGGUCAGAUGCAGCACUUAUUUGAAAUUCUUACUCUGAAUGUAUUCUACCGCGCGGAAGGAUACCAUAUUGGAGUGAUCCAAUAGCUCACACAACCACGGUUACAUACGUUACCUUCGUUUCUGCUCAUCUUCAUACUGUACCACAGGUAGAACUAUGAGCCAGAUAUUUCACUGGAUGUAUGAAUGUGAAGCAUCCGGUUGGCGUUUCCACUCACUACCAAAUAUGGUGAUGAGAGGAAGCCCAGCGGCCAACAGCGGGAGAAGACGGAGCGAGAUGGAUUUUGUCUGACAUUCUGCUAAUCUUCUCAUGGAUGAAACGUUUGAUCUCCAGAAUCUGUAACAAACAGAGUGGACUGUGUUUUGUAGACUUGACCCUUUGCCAAAGUUUUCUAAAAAAGGCAUUGUUUAGAAGGAGUGCAAGGGCGAAUUGAGUUACUGGUUUCCCCCAAACGAGGUUAGCCAAAGACACGCCCCUUUUCAGCUAGGGGCGUAUUCCAGCCUACAUACGUCCACGUUAUUGGUCAUAAAUAGACAACUUGAAGCAACCACAUAAAAACUAACUCCUCACUUCUGCUGUGAACAAUUCAUUGCCACAGACUGGGACAAACCUGGCAGGCCUUUUCCUCUUUCUGACUAAGCAGUAAGGGCGCUCAGGACCGCUGUUCCUGGUUUUGGGACGUCCAGCAGUCAGACGCCUCUUGGAUUCAACCUUGCUCGCUCUACGGCCAACUGCAGUAGGCCGACAGGGGUUCAUGAGGCCGGGACGUCAAGCUGCUCAUCGUAACGCAGUUGCUCUCUUGGCUGCUGGGCUCACAUGGGCUUUACCGAAGCAAUGCAUUGCAGACACCAGCCUUGAUGGAUUUGCUUUCAUUGCUCUGUAUUGUCUGGCCAUUGCUACCAGGGCCUCACUGUAGUCCUCAUCCUUGGUCGAGGAAUUGAAACCCUUUUAGCAUGUCUUCCACCAGGUCAGGCGAAUCAGGCAGAAUGUCUGUUAGAUAUACACAUGAUGUAGGUGAGAGCGUAGUUUAAACAAACUCUUCGAGACAAAAUGGUAUCGUUCAAAUAUAAUAUUUCAAAAUUUCUUCAUUCCUUUUUUUAUUUUGGGGAUUUUAGUGUAUUGUUUUGUAUUGUUAGGUAUUACUGCACUAUUGGAGCUAGGAUUUGAUUGGAGUUAAAUGUUGCAUGCUGGGACUUUUAGUAAUUAAAACCUAUUGACAUACUGAUUCAUAUUUAUCUAUAUAUAUAUGUGCUGCAGCGAUACAUUUAUAUUCUAUAAAACACAGAAAAUAGCAAAUUCUUUGAAGAUCUGGCCUUAUUGUCACGCCCUGGCUCUGUGGUCUCUUAAAUGUUGAGCCAGGGUGUGGAUUUGCUAUGUUUAGUUUUUCUAUGUUUUUGUUCUAGAUCGUUUGAUCUAUGUUGGCCAGGGUGGUUCCCAAUCAGAGGCAGCUGUAGCUCGUCGUCUCUGAUUGGGGACCUUACUUAGGCAGCCUGUUUUGCACUAGUCUUUGUGGGAUCUUGAUCCGUAAAGGUUUGUUGUGUUAUAACCUCAGGACUUCACAUAUCGUUUGUUUGUUGUUUUUGUCGUUAAGUACGUUAAAUAAAAGUAUGUACGCUUAUCACGCUGCGCCUUGGUCCGUGUCUUCAGUCAACAAUCGUGACAGAAGAUCCCACCAUAAGAGGACCAAGCAGCGUGCCCAGGAGGAGAAGAUGGCGAUGUCGCAGGUGGGCAAAUGGUGGUCUUGGGAGGAGAUAUUCGCGGGGAAAGGGCCAUGGGCAAAGGUGAAUGCCCAGGCAGGAGAGGAGACUGUGGAGGCGCGCUAUAGAGAGGAGCAGCGGCAACGCAGAGGGUACCGGCCGGGGAGGAAGCCCGAGAGACAGCCCCAAUAAAUUUUUUUGGGGGGGCUAAAAGGGUGGUUGGCGGAGCCACGUACUGUGCCGCGAGUGUUCCGGCACAGUCCUGUACGUCCUGUGCUAGCACCACGCACGUGUCGUGCUAAGGUGGGCAUGCAGCCAGGACGGGGUGUGCCGGUUCAAUGCUCGUGGCCUCCAGUACCCCUCCUCGGUCCCGUAUAUCCUGCGCCAGUGCCACGUGCUGUAGCGCCAGUACGAGUGCACAGCCCUGUACGUCCUGUGCUGAUGCCUCACACAUAUUGUGUGGAAAUAGGCAUUCAGCCAGGACGGGUUGUGUCAGCUCUCCGCUCCAGACCUCCAGUCCGCCUCCACAGUCCGGCCCGGCCCGUUCCGUCUCCCCGCACCAAGCCAAUGGUGCGUGUUCCCAGUCCAGCCCGGCCUGUCCCUGCUCCCCGCACCAAGACAGUGGUGCGCGUCGCCAGCCCGGUCCGGCCUGUUCCUGUCCCUCGCACAAAGCCAGUGGUGCGCGUCGCCAGCCCGGUCCGGCCUGUUCCUGUCCCUCGCACCAAGCCAGUGGUGUGCGUCGCCAGCCUGGUCCUGCCUGUUCCUGUCCCUCGCACCAAGCCAGUGGUGCGCGUCGCCAGCCCGGUCCGGCCUGUUCCUGUCCCUCGCACCAAGCCAGUGGUGUGCGUCGCCAGCCUGGUCCUGCCUGUUCCUGUCCCUCGCACCAAGCCAGUGGUGCGCGUCGCCAGCCCGGUCCGGCCUGUUCCUGCUCCCCGCACCAAGCCAGUGGUGCGCGUCGUCAGCCCGGUCCGGCCCGUUCCUGCUCCCCGCACCAAGCCAGUGGUGCGUGUGUCCAGUCCGGCACGGCCCGUGCCUGUUCCACCGGUGCCUGGUCCGGCACCGGUCAGCUGCUCCACUCCGGAGCCAGAGCAAUCCGCUCCACCGGGGUCCGGUCCAACUCCAGUCAGCGGAUCCACUCCGGAGCCAGAGCAAUCCGCUCCACCGGUGUCCAGUCCAGCUCCGGCCAGCGGGACCAGAUCAGGGGCGCAACGGGGCCACCCGAGGCGGAAUGCCCACCCGGCCCCUACCCUCUUGUGUUUGUGUGGCGCGGUCGCAGUCCGCGCCUUUGGGGGGGGGGUACUGUCACGUCCUGGCUCUGGGGACUCUUAAAUGUUGAGCCAGGGUGUGGAUUUGCUAUGUUUAGUUUUUCUAUGUUUUUGUUCUAGAUCGUUUGAUCUAUGUUGGCCAGGGUGGUUCCCAAUCAGAGGCAGCUGUAGCUCGUUGUCUCUGAUUGGGGACCAUACUUAGGCAGCCUGUUUUGCACUAGUCUUUGUGGGAUCUUGAUCCGUAAAGGUUUGUUGUGUUAUAACCUCAGGACUUCACGUAUCGUUUGUUUGUUGUUUUUGUCGUUAAGUACGUUAAAUAAAAGUAUGUACGCUUAUCACGCUGCGCCUUGGUCCGUGUCUUCAGUCAACGAUCGUGACACUUAUUUACUCACCCCUUCUGAGUCGCUUGGCACAGCGAGAGGCUGGUGGUCAGGAGCACUGGAGGUUGGCACAGCGAGGCUGGUGGUCAGGAGCAGUGGAGAUUGGCACAGAGAGGCUGGUGGUCAGGAGCACUGGAGGUUGGCACAGCGAGGCUGGUGGUCAGGAGCACUGGAGGUUGGCACAGCGAUAGAAUGGUGGUCAGGAGCACUGGAGGUUGGCACAGCGAUAGAAUGGUGGUCAGGAGCACUGGAGGUUGGCACAGCGAUAGAAUGGUGGUCAGGAGCACUGGAGGUUGGCACAGCGAGGCUGGUGGUCAGGAGCACUGGAGGUUGGCACAGCGAUAGAAUGGUGGUCAGGAGCACUGGAGGUUGGCACAGCGAUAGAAUGGUGGUCAGGAGCACUGGAGGUUGGCACAGCGAGAGGCUGGUGGUCAGGAGCACAACACUAAACAAUACAUUAAUUGAACUAUAACGGUGACAAACGGUGCUCCCAAACUGUUAGGGCCUCCAUAAAGCCGUCCCAACAGCAGAGCUUUCUUUUCAGCACCAUGGAGUGAAUCCUUACCACCGCUACACCUGGCUAUCAGCGGAGCCUUGUCUGGCAGCGAAACAGAUCAUUCAGCCUCAUUUACUGCCUUUAAAAAAAAACAUAGCUGAUAUGGCUGACUUGCUUAAACAAAUGUGGUUUCUACUGACAGUUGAGAUGUACAAACUAUAGCAUAAGGGUGACGACGAGCGGAUAAGAGGCAAUCCGUAAUUUGAUUUAAGACAUUAAUGAGCGAGCUAGGACUGACGUAGUCUAUAUAACUAUUUGUUCAGCACUUUUGAAAUGUACAGCGACAGAAUUCAGAACAUGGGCCGUUCAUACAGUGUUCUCCCUGUACACCAAGUCAGAACCGUGGGAUAAAUAAAGGGGGCAUAUAAGCAGACAAUGAAAGCUCUUACAAUAUUCAAUGAUUACAUUUCUCUAAAACAGGCUAUAGGCUACAUGUGCACCACCAAGUCAGAACAGUAGACUAAAUUAUGAGGGGAAAAGGGACCCAAUUAUUAGGGUGAGACACAUGGGCUACUAACAGCUUACUACACAACAUACACUUAGUAUUACUUUCUUAGCUACAGUAUACAUAUCUCCCUGGCAUAUUACAUAAUUUAUGCAGCAGCAUACCAUACAUUUUUGGACUCACCUUGUUGUGCUGUGUUCACUUGAACAGGAAGGUGGCGUGGCGGUCCUUGUGGACAAAUUUUGUCAUCAAAGUCUGUCAUUCUCUGGAUUUAUGGUGCUUUCAAGACAACUGGGAACUCUGGGGAAAAAAACAAGGUCGAAUCAUGACAUCAGUGAUCUUCAGGUCGGAGUGUAAGUCGCUCUGGAUAAGAGCGUCUGCUAAAUGACUAAAAUGCAAAUGUAAAUGUAAGCUCUAGAAAGAGGCCAGAGUUCCCAAUUUGGAAUUCCGAGUUGGAUGACCGUUCAAAAUGUAUUUUCCCAGUCGGAGCUCUUUUUUUUUUGCCAGUUGUCUUGAACUCACUGAAGUCUGAGAUUUCCGAGUUUCCAGUUGUUUUGAACGCGACAUAUGGAUUGACAGCAUGGCCAAUGUAUUCAACCUUUUCUGGCCCAUAGUGUUGAAUGUUUAUCCUUUUAAGCUUAGAAAAGAGGCCCUUAAACCCAGACUUGGACCACACACCCACUCCACUGAAUAGCAGGCUGGUUAUUGCUUUGCAAUGCUUGCAGUUAGCCACCGAUUCCUUCCAAAACACUCAUUGUUGAAUUUGCGAUUUCCAACUUGUUGUGUAAUGUUUAUGUCCAAUGGCCGAUGAGCACCGAUACAUUUUAUCUAUAAUUUCUCUUCAGGAUUAAAAAGAAUUUGCCCGUAGAUUGUCAACUUGAUUCAUGAUGACUGCUAGCUAAGAUUUUGAAAGUAGAUGACCGCAAAAAUGGAAAAGGAAAGUGGAAGGGGGAGAAAGUAAGGAACCUGUCUGUCGGCCCUGCAUUAAAGAAUAUAAUUGGUUAAAGAAAAUUGUGAUCAAUAAAAAAGUAUACCAUGAUGAUGACUGCUUGUCUAGCUUGCUAGCUAAGAUUUUGAAAGUAUGAUGUUGACAUGAUCAGUCCAAUCAAAGCUACGGUAGAUAUAACGUGAUUUAACAUAAUUUUAUCUGUGGCCAAUGACCUUGAGCCUUCUUGGAUGGGCACUUCUAAUGUAACUCUAUGGCAGCGGUGACGACGUGUCCCUAUGAGUGACAGAACACUGAGCCAAUCACGGCGCAACUAGAGAACAUUACCAACCCCUACGCUCCGUAUUUUCCACUGGCUGCCCCACCACCACAGAAAGCACUGAGCUUGGCUGAAACACCUGCAUUUUGGAGCUGCCUUACUCAAGAAAACAAAAAAGAGACCAUGUUUGUAUGUGGCUUUAUUAACUCAAUUAUUAUAAUUAUUUUUACAUUGUUUGCAAACUGAUAUGUGACACUAUUAAUGCCAAAACAACAUGCAAAAUAGGCAACAAAACAAUAUGUAAAAAUACAAUUACAGAAAUAUGUUUAAAAAAUAUAUAUACACCUGACCUGAAUGACGGGUCGCCACUGCAAUUGUGCCAUUAUUAUGUUCCAGAUGUUAAGACCACAAACUGUUAUAAAUGGCCAGAUGUUAAGACCACAAACUGUUAUAAAUGGCCAGAUGUUAAGACUACAAACCGUUAUAAAUGGCCUAUUUGCGAGAUCGACUUGUUAUUUGAAUAUUCAUAGACUACAGACUAAAAUCUGGGUUUAUAAUUGUAAUUCAACUUUGCCAUGGUUUGCUGAGCUAGAUGCAGGUAGCCUAUAGCCCCUGAUAAUUUCAGGGAAAAGUCCACAAUGAGACUGACAUUAAAUGUAGGUAAUGAUACAUUUGGGAUAGAGCUGUGACAUUAAUCACAAUUGAUAUCUUCCAAUUUAAUGAACUAAACGUGUCCAUUAAUAAUUGCAUAAUAACACAAGGCUACAACAACAAACUGAGUUAUAGCCCAUUUAUUACAUCUGUUUGUCAGCUCCAGGUAGACCACACAAGUGGCACAAAUUGAUUUGCAACGACUCCAGUGAUAUCGUCAUUACAAUAUAUAUUUAUUGUAUCAAAUGGCAGGCUACAGUAGCCUGCAAUGGCAUAUAAAUGAAUAGGCUACUUUAUUGCCAACAGAGGCAAAUGUAUAAUUCUCCACAUUUAAUGUCAGUUUCAUUUAGGACUUUUCCCCAUAAAAAGAACCACGUGAGGGAGUUCCAACCAUUUCAAAUUUCCACUCUGGCAGCCCCUUAGAUCAACUGGUAAAAGAUCAUGCUGCUCCCUCUCCUCUCGCUCCCGUGACUCAGCCAAUGGCUGUAGUGCUCUCUCAAGUGGAGGAGAGAUUGACUUCAUCACUACUUGUAUUUGUGAGAGAACAGACAAUGGGAGGCGCACAGUACUACAUAGAGCCAUAACUACAUGGAUCUCUAUUCCACAUCAGGUAACUCAUGCAAGCAUUAAAAUUAGAUUUAAAAAACUGAUAAAAAUACACCUUAUGGAACAGCAGGGACCGUGAAGAGACACACACAGGCACAGACACACACUAUAACAUACGCACUAUACACACACGUACACAUGGAUUUUGUGUUGUAGAUAUGUGGUAGUAGAGUAGAGGCCUGAGGGAACACACUUCAUGUGUUGUCAAAUCUGAUGUGAAUGUAUUGUAAUGUUUUUAAGAUUGUAUAACUGCUUAAUUUUGCUGGACCCCAGGAAGAGUAGCUGCUGUCUUGGCAGGAACUAAUGGGGAUCCAUAAUAAACCCCAGGAAGAGUAGCUGCUGUCUUGGAAGCAGCUAAUGGGGAUCCAGGCUGUAGUGGAGCAGGUUGAGAGCUUCAAGUUCCUUGGUGUCCACAUCACCAACAAUCUGUCAUGGUCCAAACACACCAAGACAGUCGUGAAGGGGGAACGACAACACCUAUUCCCCCUAAGGAGACUGAAAAGAUUUGGCAUGGGUCCUCAGAUCCACAAAACGUUAUACAGCUGCACCAUCAAGAGCAUCCUGACUGGUUGCAUCACCGCCUGGUAUGGCAACUGCUCGGCCUCCGACCGCAAGGCACUACAGAGGGUAGUGCGUACGGCCCAGUACAUCACUGGGGCCGAACUCCCUGCCAUCCAGGACCUCUAUACCAGGCGGUGUCAGAGGAAGGCCCUCAAAAUUGUAAAAGACUCCAGCCACCCUCGUCAGAGACUGUUCUCUCUGCUACCGCACGGCAAGCGGUACCGGAGCGCCAAGUCUAGGUCCAAAAGGCUUCUGAACAGCUUCUACCCCCCAGCCAUAACACUCCUGAACAGCUAAUCAUGGCUACCUGGACUAUUUGCAUUGUCCACCCCCCCCCCCCCCCACCCCCUCUUUUACACUGCUGCUACUCUCUGUUUAUUAUUUACAUUUACAUUUUAGUCAUUUAGCAGACGCUCUUAUCCAGAGCGACUUACAGUUAGUGAAUACAUAUUUUUUUUAUACUGGCCCCCCGUGGGAAUCGAACCCACAACCCUGGCGUUGCAAACGCCAUGCUCUAUCAACUGAGCUACAUCCCUGCCGGCCAUUCCCUCCCCUACCCUGGACGACGCUGGGCCAAUUGUGCGCCGCCCAUGAGUCUCCCGGUCGCGGCCGGCGGCGACAGAGCCUGGAUUCGAACCAGGAUCUCUAGUGGCACAGUUAGUUAUCUAUGCAUAGUCACUUCACCUCUACCUACAUGUCCAUAUUACCUAAAUUACCUAGACUAACCUGUGCCCCCGCACAUUGACUCUGUAUCGGUACCCCCUGUAUAUAACCUCACAGGGUGAGGCGGGGGAUGGUAGCCUACCUCAGCAGUAACAGGGUGAGGCGGGGGAUGGUAGCCAUGUCAAUCCAGGUGCGUUCGUAAAUUCACUCUGGCUAUCUAUUCCGAUUUCAGCACACUCUAGUCCGAGUGUGCCAGAGUGCAGAAUAAUUGAUGAAUUUACGAACGCUCAACACCCGUUGAAUAUGGCCAGUGUCAGUAAACGUCGGCAAAAAAGUGUCAUUAAAAUUGUUGCCAGCAGCACAGUUACAGUCACCAACGCUCUGGAUAACCAGCUCUGCUAGGGGCGAGUAAAAUGGUCAGAGUGAGGUGUUUUCUCAUUUGUGUCUGGAAGUAGCUAGCAAGCUAGCCAACGUUAGCCAGUUAGCUUGGGUGCUUGAUUGCCAUUGUGAGGUCAGAACGCUCGGAUCAACCCUACUCCUCGGCCAAUCUGACAACACUCUGAAUUUAUGAACUUCUGAACGCCCAGAGCGCACUCCGGCACUCCACAUUGAAUUUACGAACACACUCCCGGGCAUCAGUUGAUAGAACAUUCCAAAAUACCAUGGAAAUGAUUGUGUGUCGGUCCGCACCAUGCGAUUCACAACACUGUCUCACAACUCCCUCCCAACAGUUCUCAUCUAUACUCCAGAUCUUACCAAUGGUCCCUCCCAUCAGUUCUCAUCUAUACUCCAGAUCUUACCAAUGGUCCCUCCCAUCAGUUCAUCUACACUCCAGAUCUUACCAAUGGUCCCUAGCAAAAGUUCUCAUCUACACUCCAGAUCUUACCAAUGGUCCCUAGCAAAAGUUCUCAUCUAUACUCCAGAUGCUACUAAUGGUCCCUCCCAUCAGUUCUCAUCUAUAGACAAGUUUACGCGCUGUAUCCCGGGUGGCGCCAUAACUCUACACAAAUGCAUUUCAUUUCCGCCGGAAGUUGUUGGCACAACGUCUGCCGGUGUAAACACAGCGAUGUCGACGCUAGCUUGGGAACACGGUUCUACUACUAUGCCGCAACCCGUCAAGGAGCGGAGGGGGAGGAACUUGCAAGGGACUAUUUGGAAACUCUGGGCAACAGCAUUGAAACCAAAGGCUUAGUGGUGUGCGAAAAGGAACCGUGGCUUGCAGCAUCUCCCGAUGGAGUGAUAAACAACGACAUUCUGUUGGAGAUCAAAUCACCUGUGAUGGGAAACAAGUCACUUGCAGAAUUUUUGGCAACAAAGAACUGCGAAAUCACAACUGUGGCAAACGGAGAUAGGGUAGAUUACCAUAUUGCCUGCAAUGGUCCAAAAGGCUACUACAUGCAGGUACAAAUUGGGAUGCACUUCACAUGGCUUCAGCACUCCAAGUUGGUGAUCUGGAACAAAACUGAGCACCUAGAAAUCGAAGUACCCUACGACCAAGGCUUUGUCCAGGGGCAUAUCAUAAGGCUGCGCACAUUCUACUUUGCCCACAUGCUCCCGAAAAUUGUUGAUGAUUUUGUUGAGGGAAGGUUACAGUUCUGCAGUAAAUAUCUCAGCAUUUUAAAACCAAAAUAAACUGCCUUAUUUAGGUCAUGCCCACAGGAGCCAACAGAUGUCCAUUGUUUACAUGAUCUCUUUAUGCUGUGCAAUAUAUCAGUGUGCCUACUGUUUGAGUGAAAAUAAAGUUUGAUGUAAUUUCAAUCCUUAGAGUGCUACAAUUUAUUUUAACACAGUUCAUAAUUCAUAGUAAGCUCAUACUGUACAUAAAUAACACUGGAUUAAUUAAUUGUUUUGAGGAAACUAAACAAAUGGCUUCAACAAGAAAGAUUGCGUGUUUAAUCUUAACAGGUAUUAAAAAGUAAAAUACAAAAGCAGCCCACACAAUUACAUCACUAUGAGAAUAUUCAUAUAUAAUAUUAAAAAAUACAAUGCACGCAGUAUUUGUUGUGUUUAUCUGUAUUUAAUGAACAACAUGGCUGGGUGUUGGUAGACAGGGACACAGGGCAAGAUUCUAAACCUCACUGAUCAGUGGACUCUUCAGGUUAACUAGGCCAGCACAGAUGGUUAAGAUGUUGUCCAGUUUCAGUGCCAUGCUGAUGGGAACAUUCUGGGAUAAAAUCUUAAACACCUUCAGUCUCUGGAUUGCUCUUUCCACAUGUAUGCGGACAUUGGCUACUCGCCUGGUGCGUGUCGUCUCCUCAUUGGUCAACUGAUUGCGCCUGUAGGUGAAAGCAGGGAUGUUCAAACUGACCCUUCUCUCAUCAAGCAAGUCUCGAAUGGUGAACCCACGGUCCGCCAUGACCUCAUCACCAGCCCUCAGAUAGUCUAGGAACCCACUGUCCAUGGUGAUAAACUUAUCGCUGCUUCUGCCAGCAUAGGCAUCAGAUAUAAACAUGAUUAGCCCAUUAGGGGCCACAGCGACGAGAUAUUUCACAGUGUUGCGUGAUUUAUACUGGCUGAAAGUGUCACUCCUUGAGUCGUGGUUUGUGGCUCUCUGCAUGGCACUUUCGGCACAGUCAAUGAUGCAGGUGGUUCGAGGGUAGUUCCUCUGAAACGACAAGGGCAUGGUGGCACGAAUGGUCUCUCUUGGAAGCCAGGGGAUCAGGACUUUGAACUGUUCACCCAUCACGUCAAUCCAGUGACUAAUCACAAUGCUUGCCAUGGAUGUAGAAACGUUGAAGCGGUGAGCAAUAUCUCCUAAUAUUAGGUUUAGUUUUAGUUUCAUCAACGUCAUAAGUAUUUGGUCAACAACAGGAAGGGUAAUUGAUGGCUUACUGAAAGGCAACAACACCGUCACCAGGGUGAAGAAUUGAACCAUAAGCACUCCUGUAUACAGCCGGGACCUAGCAUCAUCAAUGACCGUGGUGCUGGUCACAGUAGGACCCAUUUCUGCCUCGCACUGUGUGGCCUUGUCUACUUUAACAGACUGUGUUGAACAGUAAAUGUGAUCAAUAUGUGACGGAUCCUCCCAUUUGAUCUGGGCAUCUCGAAAUUUUGGUGUAGCAGGCUCGGCCUCACAGACAGGCUGACAGGUUUCUGGAGCAUCUAAAAAGGGGAAGAGAAAACAUGGAUGGAGCAAAAUUAAUGCAGGCAUAGAGUCCUCUCACUACAAACAUCACAAUGGAAAAAUGUGUACUACAACAUUGCACUCACACGCACAAUCAUCAUCACAACAGCCUGCCACCUUGCAUUGUAUUUAUGAUGUAGACUAAGGCACACGCAGGCAGGCACACACACACACACACACACACACACACACACACAAUUAAUGAUGUAGCUAUCGUGGGCAUUGUUUGUCCCAUCUCCAAAACAAUCAACUGCCUUAGCAAAAUACCGGUAGCAAUGUUAAUGUAUGACAACUUCUUCAUAAUUAACAGUAUUGUCAGCUUCAUAGCUAAAGUUGCUGAACUUACCCUCAGAUUCAAGUCUGCGUUUCUUUAUCUGGGAGGAGGCAGUGGUCCGCUGGGUGAGUUGACGCCUAUUUGGCUGGGGAGGGUGAUUGUAUCCCAACCACAACUCUGGGAAAGGAUUAUCCUUGGUAGGUUUUUGGUCAACAAAGUGAUAGGAACAAACAAAAACGUUGAGGGGUGGUUUCUUUAGAUUCAAUGCCUUCAGCCAGGUCCUUGAUUCCGAGUCGGUAUCAGGCUUGCGAAAAAAUGUAAACAAUGGAGCGCAUGGACAUUGCCUCUUCGUAGCUGGUUUGUGGUCGUAGCACUCUCUAUCUAACCACUCGUUCAGGUGCUUUCUCGAGUUUUUGCAACCAACUACCGCACACGUCGUUCCCGAACCACUUUUCUUCAUGUUGUAAUUGUAAUUUUUAUAUCCUCUUUGUCACUGCGAUAUCAGUGCUUUUGUCGGCAUAACGGAGCUAGCUAGCAAAACAAACCCAGCCCGGCAGAACGGAACUGGAUUGCAUCGACGGGAGGAGUUCAGGAAGUAGAGCGGAAACGGCUCAAAAACGUGUCUAUACUCCAGAUCUUACCAAUGCUCCCUCCCAUCACUUUCAUCUACACUCCAGAUCGUACUAAUGGCCAUUGCGAGUGUACCCAUUAGUUUAGCAGUCAAGGUUACAGCUUCUAAGCCCAUUCUAUUCAUUUUUAUUUCUAUGCUCGUACCAACUUAAGCAUUACAAAACGUCUAUUUGAUCAAAUAAACCUCGCGGAGCAAAUAAGCCAUUUUAUUUUGUCGACCAAAUUCGACAUUCUCUCAUUGACCUCCAUACAAAAACUAAUUUGCUUGGUGUGCGAAAACACGCCACCUGCUGGAGGGAGGGAGACAUAUUUUCCGCCGAGUUGGGUCUCGCUUCCUCUCUGGUAAAUAUACAUCUUUGUGUGGCUGUCUGACUCCGUUCAGCCAUUUUGGGGUAAGGUUGUUCAACGACGAGUUACUAGCUAACACACCGGGCCGAAGACUUCAAGAAACUGAACAAAAGCCGUUUUUACAAACAAAACAUCGUUCAAUAUGGGUCCACCAGGAGACAACCCCCGUCGUGUGUCCUCUGCAAGAACGGAGGAUUUAAGUUGGUUUGUCAAUUUAUCUUGACAUGGCGUGCAGGGUGGUUGUGACGACUGAAGAAACGCACGAAAGACGAGCGCAGAUAGCUAGUUAAUACCUCAUUCAGCGGGGUGGAAAGAUUUUGACCUGCGUUUGUUGUUGGCUGUAGAAAUCAAAGUUGGUUCUCCCGACGAAUCCUAAAACAUCAUGAUGAUAUUUAAGGACAUUUAAAAAAUGACAGGAGACAACAGUUAGCCAGUCAAUCGUACGUCAUUCGACAUUAAAAUAGUAAACCAGACAGAACUCGGCGGAAAUGUAAAAAACGAAAGAUGACUGUCAGCUGGCUAGCUAACCCGCACGACAUAGACCUCAAUUACGCCAAGUAACAAACAUAUAUGAUGUAGGUAGCUAGUUUGUCCACUAACUAGUUAGUGUUUUUAGUGUAUGCUGCUUAGCUGGCUCACGUUAGCUAGUCAGCUAAAAUACUCCCGUCACUAUGAGUAUCGACAAUGGAAGUAAACAAGGCCGCGGGCCAGUUCAAUGGCGGUAAAGCCCCGAGAUGUCAAGCUACUCGGUUAACUUCAAUGUUGUAACCUCAACCUGGUCCCAACAUCCACGUUUACUUUCCGUGAUGGUUGUCUGUACCCCCAUGUCUGUCAGCAGCACACUCAUAACGCAGUCUCUUGAGAUAAAUUAAACACAGUCAUGGACGAAGCUUUGAGUUUGAGAAGACAGACGGUAGAAUCGUCUGCUUGCUAAUUUUGCGUAGGAGCCUUCUGUGCCACCCUGUGAGAAGUCGUGUCGGUAUGGGUUUUGGAAAUAGCUAUCCUUUCUGUUAGUGGUUGUUGUCAGUAAAGAAAAGGUGCACCUAAAUUUCGAUGUGUUACUGUUGUCACUAGGCCAAUGAUGUGUUGAAUUAAAGUUUGCUUUGGCCUGUAUUCGACUGUCAUGCUUUUAAUCACAUGACCUCUUGAGUAAUUAAUCAAACAAAUGUAGUAUUGAUGAAAGUAUUGAUUAAGAACCCCCCUCCUGAGCAUAUUUCCAUUUUAAAUAAAUACGAAUGACAUAGCUUGAUAUUGAAUUAGUUUCCUCUUUCAGUUAGUAGGGAUUUCAAAAGGUAUAGUGUAGAAUAAUUGGAUCUCGUUUCUGUAAGGGGUAGCUAGCUAGCCACAUCUCAAAAGGAUAGUCAAAAUAUUCUGUAAAAGAGAAGACACUAACAUCAAAAUCUAAUAAUGGGGGACCCAAUCUCGAGAAGAAACCAAAUUAGGAAUCGACUCCGUGCUCAGAUUCAGAAGAAAAGGGAAUCUUUGGCUGACCAGUUUGACUUCAAGAUUUACAUAGCCUUUGUGUUCAAAGACAAGGUAAGUAUUAUAGAGGAGAAGCACCCUAUGAGCCUGGCCUAAAGUAGUGCUCUGUAUAGGGAUUAGGGUGCCAUUUUGGACAACCAUUAUUUUGCCAGUGACUUGUAACUUCUCUGGUGUGAUCGACUCGUCUGCCUGUUGCUCUUAAUGUCUGUUCCAUUUCCUUCUCUCUUUCUGUCCUUCCUAUGGCAGAAGAAGAAGUCUGCACUGUUCGAGGUAGCCGAAGUGGUACCAGUGAUGACCAACAACUAUGAAGAGACUAUCCUGAAAGGUGUGCAGGAUUCCACGUACUCCCUCCAGAGUUCCAUAGAACUUCUGCAAAAAGAUGUUGUGCAGUUGCACGCCCCACGUUACCAAUCAAUGCGCAGGGUAAGUCAAAAAACGGCAUUCCUUCCACUGGGUAAACCUACAGACCACACAGAGACAGUUGAGCAUUCCUCCUUAUUGUUAAGGAAAUGUGUCAACAAAGAAUGUUCAGAAUUUCUACAAGCAUGACUCACAUUGGAGCGUUUCAGCCGGCGGGGCCACAUUGGAGCGUUUCAGCCGGCGGGGCCACAUUGGAGCGUUUCAGCCGGCGGGGCCACAUUGGAGCGUUUCAGCCGGCGGGGCCACACUGUCCAUUGUCCCUGGGUAGACAGUGACCUGACAGUGUAUACGCCACUGGAUUGAAGACAACGUGCAUUCCAAAUGUCACAAUAUAGCGCACUACUUUUGACCAGGGACCAUAAAGCGCACACUGUAGGGAAUAGGGUGCUGUUUGGGCCGCACACAGACAUAAUGCUGUUUAUUGACUGUAGCUUUCCUCUCUGUUGUUGUUGCAGGAUGUCAUAGGGUGCACCCAGGAGAUGGACUUCAUCCUGUGGCCGCGCAACGACAUAGAGGAGAUAGUCUGUCUCCUGUUCUCCAGAUGGAAGGGGGCCGAGGACGAACCCUUCAGGCCUGUUCAGGUAAAACUUUGAGUUUCCUUCAUCAAACACCCGGGUGGUAUUCACUAGUUCACACCGUAGGAAAAGGUUUUGAGAGAGUUUCUUAUUGGACAAAUUCAGGUAGUCCCUCUCUGUUUUGGUUUGUUUGUUUCCUAGUGAAUACGCCCCUGAAAUCAAAUGUAAUAUUACUCAAAUAAUAUUCUAUACUGUUAUGUUGAUGGCCAGUCAUGGUGAACGUAGUAGGGCUUAUUGCACUUGAGCUGUUUUAUGUCACAAAAGGGAAAACAUUUUUUAUUAAGUGUGUAAUCCAAUAUGUAUUUCUGUUUUGUUUAUCCACAGGCCAAGUUUGAGUUUCAUCACGGAGACUACGAGAAGCAGUUGAUGCAUGCUGUCGGCCGGAGGGACAAGGCUGGAAUGGUUCUGAACAACCCCACUCAGUCGGUCUUCCUCUUUAUGGACCGACAGCACUUACAGGUCAGUCCAUACACGGCACAUCUGAGCUUACCGCCCGCAGGGCUCUGAUCAAAAGGGUGUCUAAUAAAAAAGCAUAUUUUUGACCAAUAGGCAAAAUGUUAAUUGUGUAGAUACUCUAAGAGAACCAAUGGUCCAAACCUCAUGUCUCUAUCAUAACCCGUUCAAAAGUUCUUAGUUUUUACCGUUGUAGGAUGGCCAGAAUUAGGGUGACUAAAUCAAUGGAGGCCAGAGAAAAAGUGGUCAAAAAUCUGGACAAUGGCAUUGAGUCAGCUGCGAGAAUGAAGGCUACUUGACAAGGCUCACUGUUGAACUCCCGUCUUUCUUCUCAAAUCCACGUAGGUGGUAGAGAAUCAUUCAGACAAGUCUCUUUCUGUCAUGGGGCGAUGAUGUCUUACCCAUAGAAAUGUAAUAUAUUAGUGAAAUGACUAAUUGUUAAUAGAUUAUAUUUCUAUUGUCUUACCUUCUCUUCCCUGUUGUCAACCAUGUUUUCUCUUGUCAUCUCUUCCCUGUUGUCAACCAUGUUUUCUCUUGUCAUCUCUUCCCUGUUGUCAACCAUGUUUUCUCUUGUCAUCUCUUCCCUGUUGUCAACCAUGUUUUCUCUUGUCAUCUCUUCCCUGUUGUCAACCAUGUUUUCUCUUGUCAUCUCUUCCCUGUUGUCAACCAUGUUUUCUCUUGUCAUCUCUUCCCUGUUGUCAACCAUGUUUUCUCUUGUCGUCUCUUCCCUGUUGUCAACCAUGUUUUCUCUUGUCAUCUCUUCCCUGUUGUCAACCAUGUUUUCUCUUGUCAUCUCUUCCCUGUUGUCAACCAUGUUUUCUCUUGUCGUCUCUUCCCUGUUGUCAACCAUGUUUUCUCUUGUCUUCUCUUCCCUGUUGUCAACCAUGUUUUCUCUUGUCAUCUCUUCCCUGUUGUCAACCAUGUUUUCUCUUGUCAUUUCUUCUGUCCCUGUCAGACUCCUAAAACCAAGGCCACAGUUUUCAAGUUGUGCAGCCUUUGCCUCUACCUGCCCCAGGACCAGCUAACGUGCUGGGGCGUUGGCGACAUCGAGGACCAUCUCCGCCCGUACAUGCCUGACUAG